AUUAUUGUACCCAAUAUAUAAACGUUUGCCAUUUUUCAAUUUUUACCGCCGUUGAAUUCUUGUAAUUCCGCCAAAAUUGUCUGAUCCCAGGUUGUUUACAAAUCUAUUUCGGGGUAGUUCGUUUUGUUCUCCUUGCUUUGUUGCUUUGCAAAUUAUUGGCUGUGGUUUCUUUUUAAUAUUUUUAAUGAAUUUUAUGAAAUUUGGUACGUUUUACCGUAUGUUACCAAGUUUCCAACAUCAAUUAAUACUUAAAAUGCCACGACAUGCUCAGACACAACAUGGUGACGCGACGGUGGAUGAAGAAAACAUUGUGCUCUUAAAAAACGCAAUCUAUCAACCUGUGCCUAGUGCUGAGCCGCCCUUGACAUGCACGUGGUUUUACAAUGUAGAUCCCAACAUAGUGCCUGUUCGCAACCAUGUAACAGUUGUUGCAAAUCAAGAACCAAAAAUCGUACUUCCGGAAAAGCGGAAAGCGGACAAUGAUGAACAAGUAGAGGCCUUAAAAAAAGCCAGAUUGGAGACAAAGGCAUUGAAAGCUAAGCGCCCUGGUUUCUCUGAGGACAGAUAUGACGAGACAUCAUAUUAUUUUGAGAAUGGUUUACGAAAAGUCUAUCCAUAUUACUUUACAUUUACAACCUUUACUAAAGGACGCUGGGUGGAUGAGAAAAUACUAGAUGUAUUUUCACGUGAAUUUCGCGCGCAUCCGCCUGAGGAAUAUAAGCGCAGCAUAUUGACUGGUUCGUUGAAAGUUAACUACGAAAGUGUACCAGUGGAUUAUAAAUUAAAACAUAACGACUUGCUGUCGAACACGGUACAUCGACAUGAAGUGCCUGUUACCGAUCAACGUAUUUCCAUAGUGCAUAUGGAUGAGGAUAUUGUUGUUAUAAACAAACCCGCUUCAAUACCUGUACACCCGUGUGGUAGAUAUCGACACAAUACGGUGGUGUUCAUUUUAGCUAAGGAAUACAAUCUAAAGAAUUUACGUACAAUUCAUCGUUUGGAUCGACUGACAUCCGGCUUAUUGCUCUUUGGACGCACUCCUAAGAAAGCGCGACUACUUGAACAACAGAUAAGAAACAGAGACGUUGAAAAGGAGUAUGUGUGUCGUGUAGAAGGAAAUUUCCCCGACGGUGUCAUUGAAUGCGACGAACCAAUUUUAGUCGUCAGUUAUAAGAUUGGUGUUUGUAAAGUUUCACCCAAAGGCAAAGAUUGCUCUACAACAUUUGAAAAAAUCAGUUACAAUGGCACAACAAGCGUUGUGCUAUGUAAGCCUUUAACCGGAAGAAUGCAUCAAAUUCGUGUACAUUUACAGUAUUUAGGAUAUCCUAUUGUAAAUGAUCCUUUGUAUAAUCAUGACGUAUUCGGACCGCUCAAGGGACGUGGUGGUGAUAUUGGUGGACGUACUGAUGAGGAACUGGUAAAAGAUUUGAUACACGUACAUAAUGCCGAAAAUUGGUUAGGCGUUGAUGGAGAUUUCGGCAGUGAAGGACUAAUAUUGCCUAAACAUGAGCAAAUUGAAAAUGGUGAUAAACAAAUUGAUGCAGCCACAGAAUCACCGUCAGCAACUAAUGACAAUCUUAAUAAAAGUGUUGAAUACACCGAAGCAGAGAAAAACGCACAACCUGUUAAAGUGUCAGUUGGUACACAAACCGGACAUGAUCCACCUGAUACUGUAUAUAAUAAAGAGAAAACAACUGUGGAUGAACAUUGUCACGAGUGUAAAGUGCGUUUUAAAGAUCCUAAACCUAAGGAUUUAAUUAUGUACUUGCAUGCGUGGAAGUAUAGAGGUCCCGGCUGGGAGUAUGAGACAGAACUACCAAAUUGGGCAGAUAAAGAUUGGAGUGAGACAUUUGCUCAAUAAAUUACUGUUGUGGCCAAUCUUGUAAAGCUGAGACAUUCUUGUAUAAAAAUUAGCUGAAUAUUAGAAACACUUUUAUACCGUUUAUACUGGUCAAGUAGUUUUUAUUAUUGACGUGUAAGUUUAUAAAGAGUUAUUUAAAAAAAAAUUAAUUAAUUGUUUAAGCAUUUAAUUUCAUUGUGAAAUAAACAAGUGCGCUAUAUUCUGUAAGAACGGAAAACAAUUAAUCGAAAUUUACAUAUGUUUAUGUAAACAUCAUAUUUAUUAAAACUAUUAACUGUGUUAAGUACGUUGAACAAAAAAAAAUAAAUAAAAUUUUUGGUUUUAUAGAGAGAGGACAAUAUAAUUUAAAUAAAAUAUUGUAUAAUUUAAAUACAACCAAAGUUGUUAUAAUUUUUCUGUAAUUUAUUUUUGCCUAGAUAGGUUUAAAAUUAUAUAAUAAACAUGUAUAUACAUGCGCAUUUGUUGCGUGUGUUUAUUGUUGAGUCUUACAAAGUUAAUGUUAAUUGUUUAUAUUUUAUUAACAAUUAAAUAACCAGUAUUAUAGAAACGAGGAAAUGAUUACAUUUUAAAACAAAUCGAUGAUAUUUUUUGUUGUUAUGUGGCAUCUCUUAGUUCUCAUUUCUUGGUAUAAUUCUGUCUUCAUAACAAAUUUUCUCUUUAAAAAUUUCUCUCUUUUUGCCUUUUUAUCACCAUCCGUACGUUUUUUCCACCAGUUCCAUUUUACCUGCUCAACUGCAAUUUGUGUGCAGUUGUUCGGUCUCCUAGUUUUAAUUGUUUAAUUAAUUAUAGUUAAGCUAAAUUUGGUGCUAAACACGUAUUCAAAUAAUAAAUUCUUAUCACAAUAAGCUUGUGUGUUCCUACUAUUUGUAUUUAAA